AUGGUGCCCACCAUACCUGUGGCUGUUGUUCACCCGCGUGUGCCACUCGCCCACCAGGGCACGCUCCAGGCAGGCCAACGACUCAAGAUAGGGGAGUACGAAGUAGUUGUAGAACGGUAUCUUGCUGAGGGUGGAUACGCACACGUCUACUUGGUCAACACCUCAUCCCCUAUAAAAGGCGAAACGCGACACGUACUGAAGCGUAUCGCAUGCGCCUCCGAUGAACACCUACGCGAAGUCGGCAUGGAAGUACAAGUGAUGAAACUCCUCCGUGGACAUCCUAACAUUGUACAACUGCAUUCGGCCACCUCCGAGCCCCAGGCGGAUGGGAGCAGCGUGGUUCUCAUACUGAUGGAGUUCUGUGCUGGAGGAGGGAUCAUUGAUUAUAUGAAUCGGAGAUUGAGGGAGAGGUUGACGGAACAGGAGAUUCUGCAGAUAUUUGUGGAUGUUUGUGAGGGCGUCGCCAGCAUGCACGCGCUCAAGCCUCCGCUCCUGCACCGCGACCUGAAAAUCGAAAACAUCCUCCAAUCCUCAUCAACACUAUAUAAACUCUGCGACUUCGGCUCCGCCGCAGCCGUCUCCGCGCCUCCGACCAACCUAGUCCAGAUGCGCCUGCUCGAAGCGGACGUAAAUAAGCACACGACCCUGCAGUAUCGCGCACCGGAGAUGGUAGAUGUCACCCAGCGCCGGCCGAUCGAUACCAAGUCCGACGUUUGGGCGCUUGGUGUCCUCCUCUACAAGCUUUGCUAUUAUACUACCCCGUUUGAGGCGCACGGGCCGGUUGCGAUCCUCACUGCCAGCUACAAGAUUCCGAGCUAUCCAGUGUAUUCUCAGGAGAUGAAUGGGCUUAUCGGGCGCAUGCUGCAGGAGAGAGGGGCCAAUAGGCCUAGCGUGUUUGAGCUUCUUGAAGAGGUGCAUAGGAUGCAGGGC